ACCUUCAGCCGGUCAGGGACUGCUAGCAUCCUGAUGGUCUCCCCGGCUUAGGCCCCCAGAGCCCCGAGAGCCCAUCCGUACAGGAAACCGUCAGAAAUCCUUUUAGGAGACAAGCUCUCAGGGAUGAUAAGGACGACUCUUCUCAGCCCUGAAGCUUGACUCGCUCCUCCUUAGGCGCCCUGUCCCCCACCCUCCCUUCUGUAUUCCCUCAGGGUUUUCGCUUCCCCUCCACUGGGCGCAACUCAACCCGCCCCUUAAGGGGCGCCCUCUUUAGAAGGAUAAGGUUAGAUUCCCCUAUAGGGUUAAUAGCGAUGGGGCCGGGACGCCCCCUGGCCAAGCCGCGGACUGCACUAGCCAGCGCACGGGCGGCGCGGGGCUUUCUGGGAGUUGUAGUCUGAGUGGCCGGGUGAGGGUGCCGCAGGCACUGCUGGGAGACGUAGUGCGUGGGCGGAGCUCAAAGUUACAGCGCGGCCGCUGAGUGCCCCCUGGGGAGUGGGCGGCAGCAGCUUUCCUCUCAGGCCCCGGCUGUCAAAUGAGGGCUAAUCCCAGAAGAACCCAACACAGGCCAGCGCCUAAAUUAGGCCCGACGUGGAAGUGAAGGCCCGACUCAAGAUAAGCUUCUAAGGUCGUGAGGAGAUGCAGGGCAACCUCUCUGGCUUAAUCGGGCUGUGGUCUCCGAGAGAAGAAAGCGGAAGAUACUACGCCCUGGCUAGGAGGCCGUGCUUCUUUCUUCACCCUUUUGUUCUUUUCCCUCCUUGGUUUUUGGCCUCUGACUGGCCUUUGUACGCCAGAAUGGAACUCCAACUCCCGGCAGGCCACCGGGGCAGGCGCAGGCGUGAUAGAGGUGCUCAGCCACGCUACAAGAGGCGGGCCUAGUGUUCGGCAUCUAGUUGGCAGAGCGUUUUGCGAGCUUUGCUCGCUGGUUGGUUCAGCGCUGUCUGCUAGCUGCUUUUCCUGCUCUAUCUUCUGGGAGGUGAAUCCUUGAGUCCGUGAUGGCAGCCACCCUGCUCAUGGCUGGGUCCCAGGCACCUGUGACAUUUGAAGAUAUGGCCAUGUACCUCACUCGGGAAGAAUGGAGACCUCUGGACCCUACACAAAGGGACCUUUACAGGGAUGUUAUGCAGGAGAAUUACGGAAACGUUGUCUCAUUAGAUUUUGAGAUUAGGAGUGAGAACGAGGUGAAUCCAAAGCAAGAGAUUAGUGAAGAUGUAGAAUUUGGGACUGCCUCUGAAAGACCUGUUGAGAAUACUGAGGAAAAUCCUGAAAAUGAAGAGGCCUUUGAAAGCGGGGAUAGACCAGAAAGACAGUGGGGAGAUUUAACAGCAGAAGAAUGGGUAAGCUAUCCUCUUCAACAAGUCACUGAUCUGCUUGUUCACAAGGAAGUCCACACAGGCAUCCGAUACCAUAUAUGCUCUCAUUGUGGAAAGGCCUUCAGUCAGAUCUCAGACCUUAAUCGACAUCAGAAAACCCACACUGGAGACAGACCCUAUAAGUGUUAUGAAUGUGGAAAGGGCUUCAGUCGAAGCUCACACCUUAUUCAGCAUCAAAGAACACACACUGGGGAAAGGCCCUAUGACUGUAAUGAGUGCGGGAAAAGUUUUGGAAGAAGCUCUCACCUCAUUCAGCACCAGACAAUCCACACUGGAGAAAAGCCCCACAAAUGUAACGAGUGUGGGAAAAGUUUCUGCCGGCUGUCUCACCUAAUCCAGCACCAAAGGACACACAGUGGAGAAAAGCCCUAUGAGUGUGAGGAGUGUGGGAAAAGCUUCAGCCGGAGCUCUCACCUAGCUCAGCACCAGAGGACCCACACAGGUGAGAAGCCUUAUGAGUGUAAUGAAUGUGGACGAGGCUUCAGUGAGAGAUCUGAUCUCAUCAAACACUAUCGAGUCCAUACAGGGGAGAGGCCCUACAAGUGUGAUGAGUGUGGGAAGAAUUUCAGUCAGAAUUCUGACCUAGUGCGCCAUCGCAGAGCCCACACAGGAGAAAAGCCGUACCACUGUAAUGAAUGUGGGGAGAAUUUCAGCCGCAUCUCGCAUUUGGUUCAGCACCAGAGAACCCACACCGGGGAAAAGCCAUACGAAUGUAAUGCUUGUGGGAAAAGCUUCAGCCGGAGCUCUCAUCUCAUCACACACCAGAAAAUUCACACUGGAGAGAAGCCCUAUGAGUGCAACGAGUGUUGGCGAAGCUUUGGUGAAAGGUCAGAUCUAAUUAAACACCAGAGAACCCACACAGGAGAGAAGCCCUAUGAGUGUGUACAGUGUGGAAAAGGUUUCACUCAGAGCUCCAACCUCAUCACACAUCAAAGAGUUCAUACGGGAGAGAAGCCUUAUGAAUGUACCGAAUGUGAGAAGAGUUUCAGCCGGAGCUCAGCUCUUAUUAAACAUAAGAGAGUUCACACUGACUAAGUCCUGUAAUUACAAGAAAUGAUUCAUUUGAAGGUACAAUUUUAUUUGAUAUCAAAGAGCUCUCUGAAGACUGAGCUUCUUUUACCAUACUGAAUUUCUUUGUGGGCCAUGGUUUAAAACAUCAAAGAAGAUAAGCCAUUUGCAGUUCUGACCCACAACUCUGGGAAUGUUAUCCCCUCCUCGAAAGUAGUGAUUUUUAUUCAUUUGAUAUUAAUGAAGUACUUCAUCAAAAUCAGCCCCACAAAUAACUGGGAAUCAGAAGACCAGGGGAUAAAUGCUGGUAAAUACUCAGGCCUGGAAAUGGAGUAAAUCUUUAAAACUUAUUUCUCUCAUCCUUGGCCCAAAGAACUAUGCUAGGGGAAAUGUUGGACUGUAAUAGGGUGGUCACAGCUGCUUCGGAAAAAGACAACCAGAGACUGCCUGAAUUGCCACACCUAUUCACUCUCCAUAGUAGUUGGGCACACACAUCUUCCCCUUCAAAAGGCUUUUUCCUUGAGCUGCUCAUGCAUUUAUAUCUUUUCAUCUUUCUGAGAGCAGGAUUCUGCACAAUGAAGGCAAUGAUCAAAACUUUUUUUCCUCAUUGUUUCUAAUUUAACUUUAUUAAAGCUUGCAUCUUUGCAAAAGCUAACUGAAGAUACAGAUUGAAGGGAAAAAUGAGACACAGGUUUGGGGACCAAGGACUUAUCAGUGGUAGUGACUUUAGCAAGAGAUGCCCACUGUUGUUACUGCCAUUAAUCAAAAUGUAUUCAUUUUCUUUGGGGAUCAUUGUAGGGAAAAUAUCUUCAAGGAAAGCUAGGACCAUACUGAUGGUGGAUUGUAAGAAGCAAGUGGGAUUGACCACUUCAGGGAAGGAAACACAAUUCCUCUGCAAGAAACACCACCGGUCCUUUCUGUGUUCUUCCCCCUCUACCCUUUAAGAUCAAUUCUCUGUAUACUGCUAAAUGUAGAAUUUGAUAAGGGCCACAUCCCAGUGUUUAUCUUGGCUUGCAUAAGGGCAUGUGUAAUGUACAGUAAAACGUGUAUUCCUGUAAUUUUUCAGUAGCAGAAACUGAAUUCACACAGAAUUAGCAUGUUCUUGGGUGAUGUUGAUCAUGUGACAGAACUACAGACAACUCCAAUGUGAGAAAUGUCCUUUUGUUUUCAUUUUUUUCUAAGGAAAAUAUUUAAACCCUAGUGCUCUAGUGUGCACUCUCCUGUAAGAUCUUUGUACAGAACUAAGCACUUGUUUAUGUGUAUCAGUCAAUUAUGGGAGAUAAUGACUGGACAGAGAGGGUGAUUGUCCUGUUCUCAGACUGAAUUGUCUUCUCUUUGGGCUAGUCACAAGGAAUUAAUAAACCUAGAUAGGAAUGUAUUUCCAUCCUCUCAGUCUACAGAUACAUGUGGUUAAAAUGAGAGUUGACCCAAUUUAAGCCUGUUAGUGUCAGUUCUCCUUAUCCCAGCCCACCAUAGGAAUUAAGAAAUACCCCAGAUGUUGAUGCUUACCCAGGUAUUUGGGGGUGGCAGUGUGAGGGGGCUAGAGUAAGGAAUAUAUAUUUUUGAGCGUGCCCCCACGUUCUUUCUACUGUGCUUUAUUGUGAGUGUUGUAACAUUUGAAAAAUACUUCUGCCAUAGCUCUUUGGGACUUGGUGUGUUAAAGGAGCCAGUGGUUUCUCGGGUAAUCUACUAAAAUGAGUCAUUAGGACCCACAGCUGUGUGGGACUGCAUCCUUUGCAGCGACACAGCCUUGAAAGUAACAAAAUGAAACACCACUCAGUCAAGGAGGUCUCUUUAUUAUGUUGCCACUCCUAUUGAAAUACAAACUUGGGCAGGGAGCAUGUUUGGUGUUCUAUACAAAAUCUAGCCGACUGUGGGUAUUCAUAUUUUAAUUGUUGAAUGACUUAACAUGUUCUUAAUGACUAAACUCGAAUAUGUCUUUUCCUGUAUCAGUGUUGCUAAUGGUUUUAAUGAAUAUCAGAGUUCUCCUGUUCUUUCUGUGGGCCACAAUGGGCAUCAGCUUUGGAGUGGCCACAGAAGACAGCAUCCUCACAACCCAAGUGUGUAUCACUCCUUUUUUCUUCCCUACCCUCCUGCUCCACCCCAACCUGCUGCUGCCUUUGGCUUCUUAGAGGUGAGUGGCUCAAGAGGCUUCUAAGUGCCCCAGCCAUCUCUCCACACGCAUACACUCCAGCUGGGAAGUUAAAAGGGCAAGGGCCAGACCAGCUGUUGCCUCUCUUUUUCCUAAUUGCUGCCCAUCUGCUGUGUUGAGCUUUGUGUAGAACCUGUGCAUCAGACUCUCCUUGCUAACGCUUUUUGCAUGUCUUCUGCUCCCAGGUCUCUGGCUGCUUCUGCACAUACCCUGAACACUUUGUGCCUGUUUUCUAUGGUUGUGGAGAGUGAGUGAACAAUAAGUGUGUAGAGCAGUUUUUUGUAUGGUAUUGGUCACAGUUAUGCUAGUGUCUAUCUACAUCUGUAGUCUAACAAUAUUCUAUAAUUAAAAGUAUAAUUUUUAAAAAUCAAAA